GUUCCUACUUUAAAAGCGGAACCAAUCAGUUACGCGGUCCAACCGCACUGCUUAGGUAUCUCUUUAACCUCCUGCAAUGCAAACGAGUACAAAAACAAAAGCAACCUUUCUCUCUAUUCCUCUACAAUAAGCAGAAAGUAAAACGUUUAAAAGGGAAAAUCCUCUCUUUUCAUCGAUUGCCAAAAGCAUCUAAAACUCUGUCGAUCGCAAGAGAGAGGGAAUCGGGAAAUAUGGGGAAGAAAAGGAAGUCGAUAGCGACGAGCCUUGAUGAGGUGGAUCGGACUAUGUACGCCUCGUUCUGCAGCACCGCGAACUCCUUGUCUCAGCUUUAUACUCAGGCUAUGAACCAGCAGAAACUCUCCUUCCAAGCUGGCAAACGCCAUAGCCUUGAAAAACUAUAUCAGUGGAUUUGGAGACAACAAGAGGGAGGAUCAAGAGUAACAACAAUGGAUAUCCUCAGUUACCUUCAGAAUGAGCUAGACUGCUAUAGUGAGGAGCCAUCAAUGUCACCCAGAGCACCAAGCCAACAGCAGUAUUCCCAGCCUACAAUGCAGUUCGUGAAUACUAGUUUCGUGGUCUCUUCAGGCUCAUCUGGCCAAACUGCUGGGCAGGGAACUCGCCCUGAAACUCGCCCUGAUCAUUGUGAUCAGCAGUCCAAGAAUUCAGUUUUCUCGAAUGCUUUAUCAAGUCCUGUUCGUCAGAGCCUUCAGCAUUAUCACAUUGCUCAGGAAGGCUACUGUCCUAAUGGUGGUCUGCCAUCGGGAAAUGGAGCCAGGAAUAGUGAAUCUAACUUUCUCCAACACCAGGCUGGGGAUUCUAAUCCUCUUAGUUCCAAUGAUUCCUCAAUGGACAUGCAUGCAGAUAGUCCAUCUCAUGAAUCUACUUACUGAGAGUGCAAUGGUAGCUCCGUUGAGAACUGCCAACUAUUAAAAGAUCCUGAAGGGUUUUUUGAUCGCAUCACCAUUUUGUUUGUUGCUGUUACUGAAGCAAAGAAAGCGCAACAUAAAGAUGGUUACUUCAUACAAAAAUAAACACAUGGCACUGUUGAUUGAAGGAGAAUAGUCUAGUGUGUUGUGUUUGCAUAGCACUGAAUGGUAUGAAUUUAUCAGUUUAUGUGUUUUGGCUCUAUUUGCUUGGAGGUCUUAAAUUUCGUAUGUAAAUCAUUUUGUUCAAUCAAUAGAGCUACUUUAAAAAACAUCAAACUGGUUGUUAAAUUUCUCUCAAUUUUUUUACCUUUUAUGAUUUCUUUAUGACUGCUUAUUAAGAUUUAUUCAUUUUGUCUCCAUAAAGUUAGUUCUGAAUAUUUGCUCUAUACAGCAUCUACACAGAUUCUGAUUAUUGAAACUGCUUGUGGUUCAUGAUAUUGUUGCAAAAUAAUUGGAUUGGCUAGCAUUUAACUCACCAUACAUGUGUAACCAAAGGGUUUGGAAUAAAAUACCAUUCCCGGAUUAAUAAGGAAAAGACCUUGAAAACGUUCUCCGAAGGUUGAGGUGAAAAUUCAGGACCUUUGAAUCUCAGCCUAGGAGCUCAAAACUCGUAGUUGAGUUUAUACUGUCAGACUCCCAGGUCGAGAACAGCUUCAGCAAAACGAAAUUGAAUCUGGGUUUCUGGUGAUGCUUCAUCUUUUUCUCAGCCCUUCGCACAUCAAGGGAGAUCAAGGUAAGAGAAAAGUAUUAUCACCUCACCUUUUGAACACCUAAAUCUUGUUACGUUCUUCAGAAUCUCCUUUUAAAUGGAAAGGGAAUCCUAAAUUAAGUUGCCUAGCUAAAGAGGGAGAAUUAUUAGUUUCUGGACCAUUUGCUUUUAUUAAAAUGCAUAGCCCUCUCUUUGUUUCAAUGGUGGAUGGCGCAUUGAAUUUGCUGGUCAAAGUC